CGUUUAAGUCGGUUCGUUUUCUGUACAGCCAAAAGUACGUGGAUACGUCCAUGCCUCAGUUUUGUGCUUCACACUGUUGGACGAGGCCAAGUCGCUUUGUUGUUUCGGUUACUUUACUGCAGAUCCUCGAUAGGCUUUUCUGCUCUGGUAAAGAUAGACCAGUGCCGUUUUACUGGUAGUUGUCUGCAUACAGCUCGUGUGAAAUCGCGAUUUACUUAUUGGGCUCUCGCUGAUGAGUUGCACUUAAGUGGUUAUCAGUCACACUCGCUAACGGUAGUUCCCGACUCGCCUGCUCUUCUACGGCUGCUCCAUUGUUCCACGAAUCUAGAACUCGUUACAUGGAAGCUAAGCCUUCUAUGUGCAGAAUUGUUCCUAGAGUUUACAUAAUUAAUCUGAUUGUGUGCCAGUGUUUGUGCUGAUUGCGUUUUGUCUUUUCUCAUGUAUUAUUCUUGGGAAGUGUUUCAUGUGGUGGUCAGAUGAAUCAACAAGAAAGGUAACAUGAAUUAAGUCACCUUUGUUUAGCGCGUGUAUCACAACCAGUACCAGCACUACAGCAGCAGUCGCUUACUCGAAGUUGGUACUGGCGAUUGGGAAAUAACAGCACAGGAAACGGCCUAUACCUCUGUGUGUGUGAGUGUGUAGGGGUAACUUUUCGCCAAAAGAGCACUUGAAAAAGUGCACCGCCAAAGAUGUGUGAUGUACGACUCAGUACUGUGCAAGAAAGCUGAUCAUUGAUUAAGGUUGAAUGUGCCGUGCGUUUUCAUACGAAAUGUGUAGCAUUCGGUGAUCUACUUUAAUGGUUUCUUGCUGAAGUGUUGGCGCGACGGAGCAGGGAAAGCGUGAUUCACAUCAGGAAAGAAGGUUAAGCUGAGUGAAACCAAGAAGAGGACGACAAAGGUCAUUGAGCGUAAAUAUUUUUAUACGUUUCUCGCUCUACGUGCAGUGUAAAAAAGCGAGUCGCGACAACCUAGGGUUAUUCUUAUUUUUUGCGAGGCUUCUCUUCGUAGCAGAUUCGAGAGAUAUCGGCACAAACGGUGUCAGAGUUUGAUAGGUACAUACUGAUGGAAUAACAACUAUGACAUGGGAUCCUGUUCGAGACGACAUUUUUUGUUGUCAACAUGCUUUCUGCAACUGUUAUUCAUCAUCGAGCGGCAGGUGUUCGACUUCCUCGGGUACAUGUGGGCACCGAUACUGGUGAACUUCUUUCAUAUAAUAUUUGUGAUAUUUGGAUUUUUCGGUGCCUAUCAAUAUCGUCCAAAAUAUUUAAUAACGUACUCGCUAUGGAAUCUUCUAUGGAUAGGAUGGAAUGUAUUUUUAAUAUGCUUUUAUUUAAACGCAGGAAUCUUAGAUAGGGAUAGCGACUUAUUAAAUUUGGGCACCGGAAGUGUGUCAUGGUUCGAGGUGAACGGCUAUGGCUGCAAGCCAACUUAUCCGAUGAACAUCACUUCGGAGGACCCAUACCGGCCAGUCCGACCGGAACGGGUCGACGGUUGUCUUCUGGACUACCACAUUGUGGAGAUUGUCCAUUCCAGCGUACAAUGUGCACUAGCGGUACUUGGUUUCUUUGGAGCCAUCUGUUUGGGACAUACGUAUCUAGACGAGGACGAUAGCUUCGACUUUAUGGGUGGUGAUGCGAAAAGUCCCCAGCACACCGCAGUGCAUCCAAUGUACGUGAGCUAUACGAGUUUACCGACCACGAAUAGCGCCACAUCAACACAACUGAAGCAAGCAAUCGCUGCCAAAUCCGCCCCAUCAGCUACGGUCAUCGCCGCCAACAAUCAUAACAGUAGUAAUAACCAUUGCCUUAGUAACUCUAGCGCUAAGCUCGGUGUUGUACUCAUGUCGAUUAACGGUCACGGUAACAGGAAUGCAAAUUCAUCCUCCAACACUAACACACUACUGUCGUCAUCCUCGUCACCGUCAUCGACAUUCACCAAUUGCAACGGAAACGGUAGCGGUAGUAUUGGCAAUGGCAGACCACCAUCCGCACUCGGUGGACAGACCCACGAAGCACACGUGCCACUCCACCAACAGCCACUUCCACAUCCGCUGAGUCGAAAUUCUAGCUUUAGCAAGACCCGCAGUGGGCAAUUACGUAAGAAUAGCAGCAGUAUCAGUGUUCGAUACACCGACGUUAUUCAGCAGCAGGACGAACUGAUAAUUCCCAAUGAGGACGAUACGUUUUUCAUACCGAAGAGCUCGUCCUGUCGGAAUAACUUCGGUAUCAGCAAUCCAUUCAACAACGUUUGCAGUCGGUACUAUCGCGAUGGCGACUGCGAUACACGAGCUGACGACGAUGACGACAACAGUCGUCUAAUCACCGGUUCCACCCAGCAGCUAUCCCUUUCGACGCCGCUGAAACGAAAUCCCUCAGUUACUUCGAACAACGUCGGAAUCGGCGUUGGCAACAACACAACGACACCAACGAACGAAAAUAACUCCUUAGCUUUCGAGCGUAGCAUUUCACAUGGGCCCCGAGUCGAGUUCAUCGCUCAUCAGCACCGGGUAGGGGCUGCUAAACCACAUCAAUCAGUACAACCUUUACCACCGCCAGUGCCCCCACUGCCACCGUUACACCUGCAGCAGCAUUUGGAUGGCACCGAGAACUAUCGAAUGCCUUAUCAGUAUAUAACGCGAUCUCCGAAUUUAAAUCGCAUCGCAAGACGAAAUAAUGCGAAUUUAGUCAACAACAACAGCAGCAGCAACAAUAGUAAUAGCAACAGUAACAAUAGCCGUGUUAUGAGUCCCAAGUACUGUGAUCAAAUCCGAGAACCAGGAGGACCCCCUGGGUAUCCCGGUCACGAGAACAACAACUACCCGCUACCCCCUCCUCCACCUUCGGUUGCAUCGGUUGGUGGUGGUUAUCCUGUGCCGAUUAUGCACCGGGCAAAGUCCCAGGAUCGACUGUCCCAUCGUAGCCGACGGCAUCACGGUGGGGUGCGUGGUUCGUACGCUGCCCAACAGCAACGGCCCCGCUCCUUCUGCAGUAACAACGGAGUCUAUCCGGACUAUGUGAUUAUGGAACAUCCCGACAGCUAGAACAACUGAGGCCGCCAACCGGAGACCAGUUCCAACCAACUCUCAGUUUGACUUUUCUUUUUGUUUCACAUUGAUAUUUUGUUUUAGACGUGAAAUAGUGGCAGGCGCCCGUAUGUCUCCGAUGUCGGGUGGGGUGGGGGGUCAUGUAAGUUUAAUCACAAAAUUGGCCUCGGUAUGUGGACUGCAAUCGCUUUCCGGGUGAAUUUAUUGUCUAUUUGUAAGACAGACAGUAAUUUGCGUCAAUUCUGUUUCAGUGUACAGCUCGACAGCUUUGCUAGUGCUGUCGAUCCAUGGAUUUAAUUAUGGAAACUUAUUAUUCUGAAGCGACAAGAGAGAUGUAUUUCAAACAUAGUUCGUUUCAUGAUAGUUCAGUGCACUUGUAAAUGUUUCGAGAUGUUAGAUAAUGGAGUAAUGUUUUCUAAAUUGAAAAAGAUUAACUGCGAGUCUGUAUAAAUUUCGCCAUUUAGUUAUAUUCGACAUGUUCACAGCAAAACAUUAUUUUCGCUUAGUUAGAGCAAGAACUCGUAAUUAUUAUGAAUUACUGUAAAUCGUCCUUACACUGGCAGGUUUAUUUGAAAUUAGUUGAAGUAUUUCUCGGUUGAAAACAUCUCAUUCUUAUCACUAAAUUACAGUUAUUUUUGUUUGCAGUUAAAAACACUUGCACUAUAAAUAGUGAAGAAACAUUUGAGUUCCUUUUUUAAAAAUUUAUUAUUUUUAUUUUUUAUGAUUGUUUUAUUCAGUUCUGACAUCUGUACAUAAAAUAACCGGAAAUCUUCUUGAACUUGCUGCUUUUGAAGCUACGUGUAUUUCCAAUCUAUGCGGAGACUCAAAGACAAAAUUUGUUGUUCAUGUUUUUUUCUUGUUUGAUAAAAGCUAGUGAACGAGAAAAAAAAAACAAACAAAUGAAUUUAUUUGUUGCAGUGUGCUAGGAACACAAUAGGAAUACAUACAGUGAUAGAUCCUAAAAUGGCAUUUGAACUUUGAAAUUUGAAAAACUCUAAUGGAAUGUCAUCGGGCUCAAAGACCACCGUAGCGUUAGAAUCCUAAUACCCAAAAGCAACGAUGAACCUGUGAAGCUGAAAGCUACGUUUUUAUUUCAUCUGUUUGAAAUAAAACGUUUUUUUUCAUCUGAAAAAAAAUUGCUGAAAAAAAAGUAUCAUUUAAAAACAAAUUGAAAUUUUUCGUCGCUAUAACAAAUUUUACUUAUUUUCUUGGAUCAGAGUCAUUUCGCCGAAUGCCAUUUCGCCGAAAACCGUUUCGCCGAAAGAGUCAUUUCGCCGAAAGCCGUUUCGCCGAAAGGGUCAUUUUGCCGAAUGACAUUUCGCCCAAAGGGCCAUUUUGCCGAUUCCUACAAUUGUGUUAAUAUUAUAAUUGGAAUAGAUUUAAAAUAAACACGAAUGAAUGAUAAUACGUCAACUCCCGUUUUUUGACCUACAAUUGUACUUGAAUAAAGAUUGAUUUAUGAACCUCAGGACGGAGUUCUCAAGGAAACUUGUUGACUAUUACUUACUAAGCAUCAAAGCAAUUGCAUAGGUGUAUCUACCAAGCAAAUGUAUGUGGUAUUUUCCGUGUACUAAGUGACAUCGAUUUGAUUCGUGUGCUGUCCUAACUAAAGCAAAGGACCUAGAAAGGGCAAUCGAAGCGGUUACAGGUUUGUAUGCAAGAAGCCGCCGCUUCCGACAGCGGGUCGGCGGCCAACUCAUCCGGGGUCGCCUCGGCGGCUUUAUGCCGCCGAGCCAUCUUGGCUUCGGUUAUGUGGCUGCACCACAUCAGUUAUCCAGGAGGCAUAAUAACUCAAAAAAAUAAUAUGAUGUAUUCAAAAUUACCGACUUCCGGCGAAAUGACCCGCUCCAGUUUUGUUUCUGAUUGUCGGUAUUAUUUGUACUUCUUAGGGUCGUAGCAAUAAUAUUAACUUCAAGUAACUCUUUAUCUGUUCUGUGAAGUAAGAUUUAAUAAAAUGGUAAUUAUAUCGAUCUCCUCUCAUACCAGAUAAUCCCAUUCAGAACGAAAUCUUACAUUAUCUAGGAAAUGAAACAAAUCGAUGCUAGAUAUUGAAUUAGUGUCAAUUUGAACGAUGAGCUGUAUUUCAUCUUUUGUUCAUCAUUUAAGCGCAUUAAAGUCUGAGUCAUUAAUAAUUUUGACUCAAAAACUGGGUUGUCUCGGAACCAUGUGAAUGGAAUAACAAUGUUGAUUACUCAAAAUUAUGGUCCUUGAUUGCACUUUAAAGGAAAAAUUAUUCCGAUUUGUUAGUUAGAACAAAUGAUUUUUCGAGGGUACCUACUUUUACUUUACUGAUUUUUCGAGGGUACCCUACUUUUACUUCCAAAAAUGUAUGUAACUUGAUCAAAUGAAGAGCUAAGAAUAUGGCUUCUUCAAAAUUGCUCAGAAUAAAAUUUAUUCACUGUGAAGUACAAUAGUUUCCAAAUUCAAUUAAGAAAGUUAGAUUCCAAUUUUCAAUCUAAACAUGGGCCACCCUAAUGAUCUUUUACAUCAAAAGAUGCACCAGUUGAAUACAAACAACUUUCGUGAAGACAAUAACUACAAAAAAAUAAUAUUUAUUCUUGAAAAUAUUUCUGUCUCGCUAAUUGCCUGUUUCGGACCACGAUGCAGUGGUUUAUCUACAUUUUCAAUGACAUGCCUUUCAAUUGGAAUGUAUUUACGUGUAAUCAGAGAUGUCCAUCUCCUAGGCGUGACGAAGAGCAAGCAAAACUUCUCCCCUCGCAAUGACAACUUCAACGAGUGCUCUCUCUUUUACAUAUAUACACCACUGUUGUGUAAUGUGAGUGGGAUACCGGUCAUGAGUGCGCGUGCUUUUUUUCUUUCCUUUUUUUUUUGAUUCGCACCAAAGUGCUAGAGCAGAGCUUUCCAAUUGUGUGAGGUGGAUGCAGAUACUUUCACAGAGGUGUACACGCCGGUGAGCACUCUGGUGUAUGGUUUGUGUAGAAGAAGCGUGGGCACGCAAAAUCAACAAAAUAAAACAAUUUAUCGUUGAAUUUUCGUUUUCCUUGCAAGUUGUUCAUAGCAAGGCCAGAUCUACUCUCUAUUACUUGAAGUUCACAAAAGUGUUUGCUCACCAUCACGCGCCAGUGAUCACUUGGGUGUAUUUAGGCGAGAGCAGGUUCUCUCACACCAAUUUCUUUCAACACAAGCACACACUCAAAGUGACAAUGAGAAGAAGUGUGCUUUUUUCUUUGUGUGGAGUACACCGAAUGUAUCCGCAGUGUAGAAACGAAACUUACGCACUGGUGCAUCACUCUAGUGAAAUGCCAUCACUGCGUGUUAUCAAACCAAAUGUUAAUUUAAAAUGUAAAGAGGUCAUCCAGGUUUUACAUGAACCUGGAUGACCUGGAUCCUGCCGUUAAGGUUACUUACAGUCUUAGUAAAACGACCAUUGUAGGAAAGACGUAACAGCAGUUUUCUCCACAACUGCUUGAUAAAUCUUCAAGAAAAAAAUCAACUGUAAUCUGUACUGUGAAAGUGAGAUACUCGGUAGUUCUAUGACCAAGUAGAAGUGUACUCAGUCGAAGAUAGGCGACUAUUUUUGUUUUCUCAUUCUCCUAUUUCCUGUUGAAGAAAAAAACAAAGAGAGUACUAGCAACAAGUGAUUAUAAAUAUACUCUCUCUCCUACCCAGUGCUUGAGCGGAAGAAUAGGUAUAGAGCGGGAAGACUAGUGUUUGUUGUCUGAUGGAUUGGAUAUGGGAUACCGGUCAUGAGGCGGCUAGGAUUUAGAACAUGUUCGAUGUACGCUUUACCAUACUCAGUCGUGUGUUAAAGCUGUGUCUUUCACAAGGCUUAUGGUGGCGCGUAUGCACUGAAUGCAAAAGAACGCAGGUUCCAGCCUGUCUCUGAGCGUAUCUUUUUCCAAAAAAUCAUCUUGUCUGUGAGUUUCUCAUUCAUUUGGCUUCUCAAAUAUAUGCUUCCACUCAGUCAUUGUAUCCAAUCUUUAUCAUACAAUGUUGCUAGUUGAUAGUGACAGGUAUCAGCUCAAAUGCAGAUAGAAUUGGCUUGUUAUUAUGAAAAAAACUAGCGAUUGAAAGUAAUCGUGAUUGUGCGCUACAGCUAAAUCCAAAAAUCAAUAACGAAGAGUUUUUCAUUGGUCAAUACAACGGAUUAUGAUAGCUAAAAAGUAAAUAAAAGUUACUAAAAUGUUCAUUUCAAUAACCAUUAUCCAACUAGAAUCUUGAAGAAUUGAAAACUUGAUCAUUAUCUUACAUUUGGACCUAGAGAUUCUAAUUUCAUGAUUUCUGAUAUGAUUGAGUAUGACAUCAACAUAAACCUACGUCGCAUAACAAAACAAGUUCAAGAAAUCAAGAAAUUUUAUGACAUGGGCUGAAAAGUGCCGGUCCUUACAAAGAGAACACGAUUUUUUAGUUCAAAAUUAACUUUAUUCAUCACCGUAAUCUUCAUCAAGAGCAACGCAAUCAUUCCAGCGCCGCUCUAACAUUUCGAUACCGCUUUUGUAGAAAGAUUUAUCUUUUGCCUCAAAAUAAGCCACAAUUCCAGCGAUAACCUCUUCAUUCGUGCGAGCAUUUUUUCAGGUCUGCGGACAGCCAGUAGUCGUUGGGAGCCGAAUCUGGCGAAUACGGUGGAUAUGGGAGCAAUUCGAAUUGGUCAAACACUGCUCAGAAUCAUCAACACGUUCUCGUUUUUGGUCAACAGUGAGCAAACGCGGCUCCCACAUUGAACAGAGCUUUUUCAUAGCUAACACGUUCUUUUGAUUUCUUUACGAUGUAAGCUAACUCACGCAACUUCACUUUUCGAUCAUUCAAAACGAUCGGUGUCUCUACGAUCACGUUUGAAGUCAGUAAACCAACGUUUAAUUGUUGUUUCUGAUAGAGCGUAGUCUUCAUAACACUUUUCAAGCCAUUACUUUGAUUGAACGGUAUUUUUUCCAUCAAGAAGCAGUGUAAAAUUAAAGCACGAAAUUGUGCUAAAAAUUACAAAAGUAGCGUCACUUUUAGCACAAUAACUCACAAUCUAAUGAAUAGAAUAUCAUGAAAUUUUAACGCCUGUCUUUUAAAGGGUAGUAUUACCUGAAAAAGGUGACUGCAAUAAAACUAGCGCCAUCUAUGUGUUAGGCUCGGGACUUUUCAGCCCAUGUGUUAAUGAUCGUCAAAAUUUUGAAAUAUUUUUAUACUGACAAAUCAUUUUUUUGAUUUCGUUCAAAUUGAAUUUUUUAUCUUUUUUUAUUUCAAAUAUUCAAACGCAUGUCAUUUUUGUUUUCCUAUGAAGAAUCAUUUUUGGAGUAAAUCGAGCUUUCCAAAAUCAAAAACAAUUAGUAAAAGACUAUAAUUUACUUCAUAUUCCUAUGAAACCGUAUUUUUGCAAAUAUGCAACAUAAGGCGCUCGCGUAUAAAAUAAAAUGGAUUAUGAUAUACUGCAAGAUACAAAAUAACAUUAUUUGGCUGUAGAAUAUACUCACAUUGUAAGUAUAUCAUUUUUUGUUUUAGUUCAUAAUGAUUAUUUUACUCGAAAUUCUGAAUGCCUGGUUCCGCUAUAUGAUAAAAAAUGGAACUUGGGACCACACUUAUUCAAAUGUGCAAAAUAUCAAAAAAUCUGUUCUUUGCAUAAAUUAUUUGUACUUUACACUUUACCAGGAAAUGGAAUAUUGUUAGAAUAUUCUGUUCGUUGAAAUUUCAUUUCGUGGAAAUUUGCCAUUACAGAGAACAACAAAAACAAUAUAUUCCCGAAGCUCUGAGCGAAAAAAAAAACAAAAUCAUGUUUGUGAAGACAGCAAGUUUUCAUUAUCGAUCUGAUUCAAUAACUUCUCAGUAUUUGUUGACCAUAUGGAAUGUUUCCCAUGGUCACACGGCGCGUAUAUCUGCCACAAAUUGUUUGUUAAACAAUCAAUCAAUUUUGUAUUAGCCAGAGAAAUUGAAGCAAUAAAACGAAUAACCAAAAAAACAACGGCAAAUUUCACCUUAUUUAUGCUGCAACCGUUGGAGAACAUUUCGUUCUCGGUGUAGUUUAUUGAUUCUCGAAUUUAACGUGUCCCGAUAUGGUAUCGAAUGUCAACAGUAAAAAUAUCGCAUGUCUGGUAAGAAGGAGACUUCUUUAUGCCACCGCAUUGUGACCGAUAAUCUUCGAUAGUGUUGUGGACAUGCCUGUGGUUACAAAUACUUUGUUGGGUUCGGAAGGAUAUCCGUAUCAAAGAGAUUAUAUUCACGUAAGGUUAAUGUUAUUAAUUUAUUCUAUAGUAUAUUGUGUCACUAUUUCACUAUUUAAAACAAAUCAAUUUGAAACCUUUUUUAACAACUAAACUUAUAAACGUUAUUCACGCAGCAAUAAAACUGCUCAAUGUUCCUUAUCUUACUACUACUUUUGUAAAAGUUUAUGCUAAUUAAGUAGAAAAAAUCGAUAAUCCCGUUGCUUUUGAUAGUUGACAAACUCUAUUAGUGGAACAGAAUCGAUAGUUAAAUACGACCCCGUACCAUGUAAGUUGUAGUCAAACGGUCACUUUACUGUAUAGCAGUUCUUGUUACAGUUAGACAACCUAAAGCAAGUGAUUCAGCACUGUUAGAACUUAUAGCGAACUUAAACUAUUGUUUCGUUUUUUCAUCUGAUAGCAAGUACAUUGUUUAACGAUUCAUAGUGUAGAUUUCAAACAAAACAGUAGAUGAUUUAGAACACAAUCGAAUAGCUUCUAAAUAAAUGUACAACAUUUAUUCGUACAAACAGCAAGCAAAAUCAAACCCCCUAGCGAUUGCCACAUUCGAAGCAGUAUCACUAGCUGCUACUCAUGUUAUGAUUAAAAGACAUACGUACUAUAGCUAAAGCGAACGCGACUAGUUUACGCAUUUAGUACUAGUUAAUAGAAGUCAUAGUUGUACUUAAGUUAUGUUGAUAUGUUUGUAUUAGCAAACGAUAACAGUGUUAUGAUAGAAUAUUGUUCCACCUAAGAAUAUAGAAAGUGAAAAUAAAUAAAUUAAGCUAUCAAUAACUUUAGUAAAGUGGAAAAAUAAAGCAAUCAUUUGUUUUCAUUGGUUUCUACCAGAACAUUA